GAACAAUUUAAACUAUUCAGUGAAUUUGGUGAAAACUGUAUUAAAAUAAUCGUUUUGGAAAAAAAUAAUGCUUGGAGAGCGGAUUUCUAUUUCAUUUGAAAUGUACAAAUCGAUCAGUUGAAAAUGGCGGAAAGAACGAUCAGUAUAUAUCAACAACAAACAAAAGCAAUUAAAAUAAUUAAGUGGAAAGUGCGAAAAGGGGCGAUAGUUUCAAUAGGUUACCCGUUAUUAACUUACGAUUUUGUGGAUGCUACUAAACCCGAACAAAGAAAAUGGAAGUCCACAACAGCGGGAAUUGUUCAUCGUAUUUUAGUACAGGAAGGUCAGGUUAUACAACCUGGAGAAGUUCUUUUGGAACUUGAAUCAUGUUCUCAUCCUACAAUAAUGAACGAUAUGUGUGCAGAAUGCGGAGCAGAUUUACGUAAAAACGACGAUAUCAGUACAGCAUCGGUUCCAAUGAUUCACGCUAUUCCCGAUCUCAAAGUUAGCGAGGAAUUAGCGCAAAAAUUGGGAAAAGCCGACAAUGAACGACUACUUAAAGACAGAAAAUUGGCGUUGUUAGUAGACUUGGACCAAACGCUUAUACAUACGACAAACGACAACAUACCUCCGAAUAUAAAAGACGUACACCAUUUCCAGCUGUAUGGGCCGAAUUCGCCUUGGUAUCACACGAGAUUGCGACCUGGAACGAAGAAAUUUUUAAAAAAUAUCCACGAUUUUUACGAGUUGCACAUUUGUACGUUCGGAGCUAGGAAUUACGCUCAUAUGAUAGCGACGUUUUUAGACGCCGAUCAAAAUAUAUUUUCCAAUAGGAUACUUUCCAGAGACGAGUGCUUUGAUCCGACUAGCAAAAAAGCGAAUUUGAAAGCUUUGUUUCCUUGUGGUGAUAACGUCGUGUGUAUAAUCGACGAUAGGGAAGACGUUUGGUCGCAUGCUAGUAAUUUGAUUCACGUUAAACCAUAUCAUUUUUUCCAACAUACCGGGGAUAUUAACGCCCCACCUGGUUUAGAUAAACACGAAAACGAUAAACUUGACACGGGAGUGGAUUUAACGAAAAUUACUAAAAAUAUUGAUGUAGAAAUAACAAAAAAUGAUCAGGGAGAAAGCGGGAAAGAGACUUCGAUUGAAAAAUCUGAGCAACAAGAAAAUAAUGAAGAAAAUGCGAAAAAAGAGAAUACUGAAAUUCCGGCUGAGGGGAAAGUGAGUGAAAAACUAGAAAUAAGUGAAAUACCUUCGGAAAAAGUUGUUGAAACUAACAAUGAAAAAAAUUCAGUACCAAUCGGGAACGAGACUAAAGUUAAAAACGAUAAUUUGAAAGAAGAAAACGACAAAAAGCAAAUUUCGGUUAAAGUCCAAUCGAAUCAGGAGGAAUUCAUCGAAAUAGACGAUCCAGACGAUUACCUGGUGUAUUUAGAAGAAAUCUUGAAACACAUCCACGACGCUUUCUACAAGGAAUACGACCGAUUGGAAGCCGGAGCGGUGCCGGAUCUAAAAAAAGUGAUACCUCAAGUUCGUAGUCAAGUUCUGAAGGGUUGUCGGUUGGUAUUCAGCGGUUUAGUACCGACCCACGUUAAAUUGGAACAAUCUAAAGCUUACCAAGUGGCCAAAGGACUCGGCGCUGUCGUCACCCAGGAUAUCGACGACGAAACCACCCAUCUGGUAGCCGUCAGACCUGGGACAGCCAAAGUGAAUUCCGGUCGUAGGAAAAGGAAAUUGAAGAUCGUGACGCCGGAUUGGUUGUGGUGUUGCGCCGAAAGGUGGGAACACGUCGACGAAAGGAUAUUUCCUUUGAAUAGUAAAGGUUCGAAAAAUAGGCAUCCGCCACCGCAUUGUAGUAGUCCGGAACAUUCGACUAAUUAUCCUGUACACGGGAGGCCUGAUAUGAGGAAGAGGACGCCCAGCGGGAAGUUUAUGGAUACCAUUAAUCCUCUGAUGUCCUUUUCCAGUGAUGAUAUCGCUGAUAUGGAUAAAGAGGUGGAAGACAUCCUAGACGACGAAAGCGACAGCAGCGACAAUGAAUCCAAUAAAAAAGAAACGAUUCAAAACGUCACGACAGACAUUAGGAAUUCUCCCAACGAAAGCAGCAGCAGCAGCGAUGAUUCCCUUACCGGAGAAUAUCCCAGGGGUCACAAAAGAAAGAAAAUAGACAACGUCGAAGACCCAUACAACAGCACAGAAGACGAUGAAUCGCCGAGCGUGAAAUUCCGAAGAGGAGAAGACGUGAACGAUAUUUUGGACUUUGAUCAAGACGAUACCCAAGAUAGUCUAGAUCCCAUAGACGAAGUUGACGAUGGGGAGUGGAACAUGAUGGGGGCCGCCCUCGAAAGGGAGUUCCUAUCAAAUAAUUAAUUUAUUUCCAAGCGGGAUUCAAAUAACACUUGUUAAUUAUUUAAGAAAUAAAGUGAUUGUCGAAGUUUUCGAUUUUUAUUUAUUUUUUUUAAUAAAUUAUUUGAAGGUU